AAGGUGUUAAGAGAAAAAUGGAAGCAAAAGAAAGGCAAGAUAAUGCAAUGGAGAGAAUACCUCUAAUGAAUCCAUACAAGAUGGGAAAGUUUCAGCUUUCUCACAGGGUUGUAUUGGCACCGUUAGGAAGGUUAAGAUCUUACGAUUACCUUCCGCAACCACAUGCCAUCUUGUACUACUCUCAACGAACCACAGAUGGUGGAUUUCUCAUUUCAGAAGCCACUGCAAUAUCCGAAACUUCCCUCGGGUAUCCUAGAACGCCUGGAAUUUGGACCAAGGAACAAGUGGAAGCAUGGAAACCAAUUGUGAAAGCCGUCCAUGAAAAGGGUGGAAUAUUUUUCUGCCAGCUAUGGCAUGUGGGAAGGGUUUCGUCUAAUGAUUAUCAGCCAAAUAGACAAGCUCCAAUUUCUUCUACUGACAAGGGAGUAAAAGCUGGAAAUGCUCGAGCGGAAUCAGGGGAUUGUAUGCCUCCUCGGAGACUAAGUGUCGAUGAAAUCCCACAAGUUAUCAAUGAUUAUAGACUUUCUGCAACGAAUGCAAUUGAAGCUGGUUUUGAUGGAGUUGAGAUUCAUGGUGCACAUGGAUACCUUAUUGAUCAAUUCAUGAAGGACCAAGUCAAUGACCGAACAGAUGAGUACGGUGGGAGCAUAGAAAAGCGUUGUCGUUUCGCUCUAGAAGUCGUCGAAGCUGUUGUCAAAGAAAUCGGAGCAGAUAGAGUUGGCAUGAGACUUUCUCCAUUUGCUAAUUACAUGGACUCAGCAGAUUCAAACCCGAAUUCCCUUGGCAUUUACAUGGCUGAAUCAUUGAACAAGUAUGAAAUUGCAUAUCUUCAUGUGGUUGAGCCAAGGAUGAUUACCAUUGAAGAUAAUUCAAAAACUCCUUACAGUCUUCUACCCAUGAGACAGGCUUUUAAGAGAUCUUUCAUUGUUGCUGGAGCUUAUGACAGGAAAGAAGGUAACAAGGCAAUCAAAGAAAACCAUACUGAUCUUGUUGCUUUUGGACGCUUGUUCUUAGCAAAUCCUGAUUUACCUAGACGGUUUGAGCUUGAUGCACCUCUUAACAAGUACAACAGGGCUACAUUUGCAAUACCUGAUCCAGUUGUUGGCUAUACUGAUUACCCGUUCCUAGAUCAAGCUGUUCUUUAACUACUUUGUUCCUAAUUAAUUUUCAGAAGCCAAAUGUAAUUCUCUAAUUUGUAUCAUCAUUACUUUUAUGUUUUGAAUGAGGUUUAGUAUUGAGAA